GCAGUCGGUGUUUUCGGAGGCGAAGAUGUUGCUCCGCGGGCUUCUUUGCUUCUGCUGCGUUUCUGUAACAGGUUUUGUUCACGCGCAGCCGGACAGCUCCGGGUUGUUUUACGCACUCAGAUCUGAGCUCUCCGAGGACGCAAUCUUGGUGGCCAACAACGGAAUACGCGUGCCUUUCGGGAGAUCGGUGCUCGUCGACCCCAUCAAUGAUCUGGUGCUCCAGACGCAGCCGGGCGACAGGUGCAGCAUCACCGUCCUGGAUAACGAUCCGCUCUCGCAGAGAACGGGGCAUCUCUCCCCCAAAAAGUUUCCGUGUGAUUUCGGCCCCAGCGAUGUGAUUUAUUCCCACUACGGCUCGAGGAGUCCUGCUAAAGACAGAGUGAGGCUGCAGCUCAGGUAUGACGCUCAAACACAAACUGUGAUCAUCCCUUUUAUGAUGGAGGUGGAAGUGCUUUUUACGCAGCUGGAGUUACUCACAAAAAACAUGCCUCUCACUGUUGAUAAUCUCAAAGGAAUUAGUAAUCCCAUUGAUAAGAAGACUCUAGAGUUUACUUAUGAUAAAGAGUUUUACAAAUGUGAGGUGACUUCCUUAUCCAGCAGCAGUGCACUGCCCAGAUAUGGGAAACUCAUCGAUGGAGGCAAACUUUCCACCAUGAUGAACUGUGAUGAUUUUUUACAAGCUGGAAUCUGCUAUGAGCACACAUUUAAAGGCAAGUCGCCGAAUAGGGACCACAUUCCUAUGAUUCUAGAGCUGCGUGAUAAGGAAGACAACCUGGUGAAGCAGGAGUAUUUUCAUCUCAUGAUUCGCAUCAGGAAUGGUGUGGAGAACACUCCCCCCAAACCCAGCUUUGUAUCCAUGAUGAUGAUGGAGGUGAGCCAGUUUGUCAUGACUGCCCUGACACCAGAGAUGCUUGCUGCUGAGGAUGCAGAGUCGGACCCAGAUGAGCUCAUUUUUAACAUCAGCUCCCCCUUAUCUUAUGAGGAGGGCUACAUCGUUAGCACAGAUGACAGAAACCUCCCAAUCACAUCUUUCAACCAGAGAGACUUGUGGGAUUUGAAAAUAGCCUACAUCCCACCUUCUCUGGACUCUGACACAGAGAGGAUUUUCCAGCUUGAGUUUGAGGUGAUUGACACAGAGGAGGCGAUCUCAGAUCCGUUUGCAUUCAUGAUUGUUGUAAAGCCAAUGAACACUCUAGCCCCGGUGGUCAGAUGUAACACCGGCCAGCUGCUGUACGAGGGCCAGUCACGGCCUCUCAUCAGCUCCUAUAACUUGGAAAUCAGCGAUGAGGACAGCCUGGACGCUGUCACAGUCACGGUAGUGGAAGGGCUGCGGCAUGGUCAGUUAAUAGUGCUGGGCUCUCAGAGGAAAUUCUUCACACCUGCUGACCUUACCACAGGGAUUGUUAUCUACCAGCAUGAUGGGAGUGACACCUACAGUGACAACAUUGUCUUCAAGAUGACAGAUGGGACAAAUGAGGUUGCGUUCCUUUUUCCCAUCACAAUUGUUCCCACUGAUGAUGAGCCACCCAUUAUCAAUGCCAACACUGGUUUGGUGCUGUUCAAAAAUCAAAUGAUGCCCAUAUCUCCUAUCAUGCUUAGUGCUGCUGACAUUGACUCUGAAGACUCAACUAUUAAAUUUGUAAUCAUUCCCCCUUUUUCCACAAUUGGCACAGUGCUUCUGCGGCAGUCAGAUGCCCCAGAGGACCCCUCCUCUUGGAAGUUUAAUGCUGAGGAUGAAAUGUAUGAAAAGGAAGUGACAGAGUGGCAUCAAAAAGACAUUACGGAUGAGAAGUUAUUUUACAGGCACACAGGCCCACACAACACAAAAGCAAUCGUGGAUCAGUUUAUAUUCAGAGUACAGGAUGACAAUGACCCGCCUAAUUUGUCUGGAGAUAGCGCUUUCAUAAUUCAUGUUUUACCUAUUGAUGAUGUGCCUCCUGAACUGUUCCCAGGAAUGGCACUACAGAUGACUGUUGAGGAGUACAAACUCACUCACUUUAGCAAAGAACUCCUGCGCUACACUGAUUUGGACUCUGAGGAUCGUGACCUCAAAUACACAGUUAUCCAGGUCCCAAAAAAUAUAGAUGAAAAUAACCCAGUUGUCUUUGGUUCAUUGGUUCUGACUGACAGUCCUGAUACUGAUAUUUCUGAGUUCACACAAGCUCAAAUCAACCAUCAUAAGAUAUCCUAUGCACCUCCUGAUGUUGAGCUGGGAAUCACAAGCCAUGUUGUUCAGUUCCACUUUACAGUGGAAGACACAGCUGGAAACUGUGCAGAGGGGGCUUUCACAAUCUACCUACAACCAGUCAACAAUAACCCUCCUCAGAUUACAAACACUGGCUUUGCUGUGCUUGAACAUGGCAUGCACAUCAUCACCAUUGCUGAGCUGGAUGCAACAGACCUAGACACAGAGAGUGAGAAAAUAACCUUUGCCCUGAGUCAGCCCCCUAAACAUGGUCAGAUUCAGAUCAGUUUCACUGACCUGGAAAAAAAUGGGGUUUUCAAACUUGAUGAUAUCUCCGAGGGGAAAAUAUCAUAUGUUCAUAGUGGAGAAGAGACUGUGGGUGAUGAAUUUCAGCUGGAUGUCAGUGAUGGCUUCCAUAUUGUGACUGUGCUGGUCAAAGUUAAUGUAAAACCUGUGGAUGGUGAAACACCAAAAAUCACACUGUCUGCUGGUACAGUUGGAUCCCUCUUGAAUGUACUGGAAAGUGGAGCCACAGUAAUUACAACUAAUGUGAUUCAAGGUCAUGAUGAUGAUACAGAUGACCUCCAGCUGACCUUUAUCAUGGAAGAUAUUCCAGUUUGGGGGGAAAUUUUGGUUAAAGGAGUGCCUGCCACCAGGUUUACACUAGAGGACAUAAUUAAUGGAGUUGUUGUUUAUGCACAUACUGGUGGUGAGAUAGGUUUAUUUUCUCAGCAAGAUGGAUUCAAUCUAACAAUUACAGACAUGUCGGAUGAAUGGACAGAAGGUGGCAAUAAGGUCAAAGGAAUUCAUUUUCAAGUCACUAUUCUACCUGUUGACAAUCAGACCCCUGAAGUUGGAGUUGGAAUUCAGUUCAGUGUUACUGAAGGAGAGAAAUGUGCCAUUGGCCCUCAGCACUUGAACGCUGAUGAUAAUGACACUCCAGUGGAUGAUAUCCUUUGCACGAUCAUGGUCCAGCCCACUGCAGGCUAUGUGGAAAAUAAAUCCCCCGCCCCAGGCUCAGAAAAGUCAAGGUCAGGAACAGCUAUCAGUGCGUUUACCCUCAGAGACACAAGGGAAGGAAAUAUCUACUAUGUGCAAAGCAUUCACAAGGGGGUAGAACCAGUGGAAGAUAAGUUCACUUUUAGGUGCUCUGAUGGCAUCAAUUUAUCAGAGAAACAUUUAUUUCCCAUUGUUAUCAUUCCAAAAAAUGAUGAAAAGCCAGAGAUUUACUUGAGGGAAAUUGUUGUGAUGGAGGGAAUGAACACUGUAAUUGACAUGUCAGUUCUGAAUGGAGCCGAUGUUGACAGUCCACCCGAUGAACUAACAUUUAUUGUUUCCAAACCUCCCAAACAUGGUGCCAUUUUAAAUCAGCUGUCCACAGGCUUUGUGUUAGUGACAAAUUUCAGUUUGGAACAGAUUAAAGAGGCAUCAAGUAUUAUUUAUGAGCAUGAUGAUACAGAGACAACAGAAGACAGCUUUGAUAUCACUCUGACUGAUGGAAAGUACUCUGUGCAGAAAACAGCUAUGAUUAUGAUUGUUGCUGUUGAUGACGAGACCCCCAGCAUGUCUAUUAAUGAAGGCCUAGAAGUAAAAAUUGGAGAGACUAAAGAGAUUAACAAUAAAGUUCUAAAAGCAACAGAUUUAGAUUCAGAGGACAGUGUGCUAACAUAUACUAUCAGGUUUGGACCUGGUCAGGGUGUCCUGCAGAGAAAAACGCCAGCUGGGUCUCUGCAGAACAUCACAUUUGGAAUGAACUUUACACAAGCUGAAAUUGAUGCAGGAUUAAUAUUGUACACGCACAAUGGGCAAGAAGGUAUCCGAGACUUAAUAAAAUUUGAUGUCACCGAUGGAAGCAAUCCACUCAUUGAUCGCUACUUCUAUAUCACUAUAGGCAGCAUUGAUAUGAUCUUCCCAGAUGUUGUUAGUAAAGGUGUUUCUCUAAGAGAAGGUGGAAGUGUGACUUUAACCACAAAUCUACUCAGCACUUCUGACCUUAACAGCCCUGAUGAGAACUUGGUCUUUACUGUCACACGGGCCCCUAUCAGAGGUCACUUGGAGUGCACAGAUACUCCUGGGAUGCCUAUUGUAUCUUUUAGUCAGCUCCAAUUGGCUGGCAGUAAGGUUUUCUACAUCCAUACAUCAGACGAUGAAGUAAAAAUGGAUAGUUUUGAGUUUGAAGUCACUGAUGGCUACAACCCCGUUUUCAGAACAUUUAGAAUCUCGAUCGUGGAUGUUGAUAACAAGAAACCUGUUGUAACAGUGAAUACCCUGGUCGUCACAGAAGGCCAGCUGAAGCUAAUUACACCAUUUGAGCUCACUGCUGAGGACCAGGACACGGUUGAAAGGCUGAUCAAAUUUACUGUCACCCAAAUGCCGGUUCAUGGCAAACUGCUGUACAACCAGUCCACACCUGUCACCAGCUUCACAAAACAAGACCUCAAUGAAAAUCUCAUCAGCUACAAACAUGACGGGACUGAAUCGUCAGAGGACUCUUUCUCCUUUACUGUUACUGAUGGAACGCACACUGAUUUCUAUGUUUUCCCCAACACAGUUUUUGAGACUAGGCAUCCUCAGACUAUGAAGAUCACUAUAGCAACAAUCGACAAUGGCGUCCCCCAGAUUGUGGUGAAUAAAGGUGCACCCACUUUAAAGAUUUUACCUACAGGUCUCUUGGGGUUCCCUAUCAGCCCGAAUGUGUUGAAGGCAGAUGACAGGAACAGUAAACCAACCUCGUUGGUGUUCAACAUCAACACUCCACCCAAACAUGGCUACGUCGUUAACCUUGGACAUGGAAACAGCUCCAUUGACACCUUUAGUCAAGCUGAUAUUGAUGACCUGAACAUCUGCUACGUGUUGAGGAAUGAUGAAAACACCACCUCUGAUGUCUUCCACUUCUCUGUCAAGGAUAACGGUGGAAACAUCCUUAAAGGGCAGCAGUUCCAUCUGGACUGGGCUUGGAUCUCUCUGGAAAAGGAGUACUAUGUGGUGGAUGAGGAGGACAAAUUCAUGGAAGUGGUGCUGAGACGAAGAGGAUACCUGGGAGAGACGUCUUUCAUUGGCAUUGCCACUCAGGAUGGCAGUGCAAAGAAGGAUGAGGACUUCAAGGGGAAGUCCCAGAGGCAGGUCCAGUUCAACCCAGGACAGACCAGAGCCACAUGGCGUGUUCGGAUCUUGUCCGAUGGGAAGUACGAGGAGGCGGAGACCUUCCAGAUUUUGCUUUCAGGGCCUGUGAUGGGAGUGAUGGAGUCCCCUGCGACAGCAACUGUUGAAAUCCUGGACCCUGGAGAUGAGUCGACCGUGUUCUUCCCUGAACAGAUCCACUCAGUACAGGAAGACGUCGGGGAGCUUUUCAUCCCUGUACACCGCAGUGGAGACAUAAGUGAGGAGCUCAUGGUGGUCUGCUACACACAGCGGGGUUCUGCCACAGGAACCAUUCCCACCACAGUUCUGUCCUACUCAGACUACAUUUCCCGCCCGGAGGGACACAGCAGUGUCCUUCACUUUGACAAAGGUGAGAGGGAGAAGAUGUGUCGCGUAGUGAUCAUAGACGACUCUCUGUACGAGAGGGACGAGAGCUUCAAUGUGACUCUGUCCCUGCCUGUUGGAGGACGAGUAGGAAUGCACUACCCCACAACGAAAGUCAACAUCUUGGAAGAUCCAGACGAUGCUCCGGUGUUUUACUUUGCGGCGGUUGCAUAUCAUGUUGAUGAGAGUGAUGGGUACGUAGAGAUCAAAGUGUGGAGGACAGGAACUGAUCUGUCCAAAACUGGGACUGUCACGGUUCGUUCUCGUAAGUCAGAGCCCGCCUCUGCUGAAGCUGGUGUUGACUACGUGGGCAUCAGUCUCAACUUGGACUUUGCCCCAGGCGUCAGCAUGCAGACGUUUAAGGUUACCAUUCUGGAUGAUAUGGGACAGCCAGAGCUGGAGGGAAUUGAAAGCUUCGAGCUGGUCCUGCGAAUGCCAGUGAACGGUAUCCUGGGAGAACCUGGAAAGGCCACAGUCUUCAUUAACGACUCUGUGUCUGACUUGCCAAAGGUCCAGUUCCAUGCACCGGUUUACACCGGAGAGGAAAGUGAUGGUGCGAUCACAGCAACAGUUUACCGCAGUGGUGACGUCCGACACAAAUCCUCCGUCCGCUGUUACACCCGUCAGGGCUCUGCACAAGUUGCUGCUGACUUUGAUGAGCGACCCAACACCGACGGAUCCAUCAUCAGUUUCUUACCGGGUGAGGUGCAGAAGCCGUGUAUUGUGUCACUGAUUGAUGACGAGCUGUACGAAGACGGCGAGGAGCUGCGGCUUGUCUUGGGGAACCCAAAGAGUGACUCACAGUUUGGUGCAUCAGUGGGUUCUCUGAAUGAGGCUGUGGUAAUAAUCAGGGACACCGCAGACAAACCCAUAAUCCGUUUUUUGGAAACAAAGUUCAGCAUCAGUGAACCAAAUGAAACUGGCGCCACUGCAACCGUGAGGAUCCCAGUGGUUCGAGUUGGAGACACAUCAAAAGCGUCGGUGGUUCGAGUUCACACAAAAGAUGGGUCAGCUGUCUCAGGAGAGGAUUACUACCCUGUGUCUCAAGAUAUUGAGUUUAAACAGGGGGAUAAGCAGCAUGUCGUGGAGGUGGAGGUGCUAUUUGAUGGAGUCAGAGAAAUGAGGGAAGCGUUUGUGCUCCAUCUUAAGCCUGACGAAAACAUGGUGGCAGAAACUCAGGUGACUAAGGUCAUAGUUUACAUCGAGGAGUCCAAUGGCAUGUCUGACGUCACCUUCCCGUCCCUGCCUCAUGUUGUGUCGUUGCUCCAUUACGAUGAUGCUGCCAGGACGUCGGACAACCUCCAUCCACCAGCCGGCUACCCAGUCAUCUGUGUCACAGCUUGCGACACAAAAUACCCAGACUAUGACAAGACAGGCUCUAUUUGUGUCAGUGAGCACAUCAGCAACACCUUGACCCGCUACCGCUGGCUCAUCAGUGCCCCGGCUGGCCCCGACGGCGUUACCAGUCGCAUGACGGAGGUGGACUUUGACACGUUCUUCACUUCCUCCAAGAUGAUCACGUUGGACUCGGUCUACUUCCAGGCAGGCUCAAGGGUUCAGUGUGUUGCGCGGGCUGUUAAUUCCAACGGGGAUGAGGGUUUGGAGCUCAGCAGUCCCAUUGUCACGAUCAGCCGGGAGAGAGGGAUGUGCCAGCCACGUAAGAUGGGAACUGUUGGUGCUGAGCCUUUCUCUGCCAAGCUACGCUACACCGGAGCAGAUGACCCAAAACAGCCUAACCUCAUCAAAGUGACCGUCGCCAUGCCUCACAUUGAUGGAAUGCUUCCUGCAAUAUCUACUCGCCCCCUUGUAAACUUUGACCUGACUCUCAGUCCUGACGGAACCCGGAUCGGGAACCACCGAUGCUCCAACUUGCUCGACUUCAUUGAGGUCACCACAGGUCACGGCUUCCUCACAGCUUUAACACACAGCAGCCCCGAGAGCAUGGGAGACUCUGAGCCCUAUCAGUUCAGCAGCCCUCUGCGGGGGAACAGCACUCUGCGCUUCUACAAGAACCUCAACCUGCAAGCGUGCCUCUGGGAGUUUACCAGCUUCUACCACAUGUCUGAGCUGCUCUCUGACUGUGGGGGAACCAUAGGGACAAACGGACAGGUGCUGAACCUGGUCCAGUCCUACGUGACCCUGCGUGUGCCCCUUUAUGUGUCGUAUGUGUUCCACUCCCCCGUGGGCUCUGGUGGCUGGCAGCACUUUGAUCUGCAGACUGAGCUCCGGCUCACUUUUGUGUACGACACUGCCAUUCUCUGGAAGGACGGCAUUGGCAGCCCCCCUCAGGCAGAACUACGGGGUUCAUUGUUUCCCACCAGCAUGCGGCUCGAUGAACAAGGACGUUUGGUGGUAAACUUCCACACCAGGACUCAUUUCAGGGGUCUGUUUGUAGAGUCUCAUUCUUCAGAAACCUCCAUGUCAUCCAUGGUGACGAGUGUGGAUCACCCCAGCCUGACACUUAACCUCACCCUCGUGAGGAGUGAGUCCACCUACAACCAACCAGUCCAGCAAUGGACCUUCAUUUCUGAUUUUGCAAUAAGAGAUUAUUCUGGUACUUACACACUGAAGCUGAUCCCUUGCACAACGAUCCAGAACAUGGAAUACACCGUCCCCCCUGUCUGCAGUCGGAGAGAACCUGUCGCUUUUGAUCUCAACAUUCGAUUCCAGCAAGUGAGUGACCCGGUUGCAGUGGAAUUCAGUUUGAAUACUCAAAUGUUCUUGCUGUCCAAAAAGAACCUGUGGCUUUCUGAUGGAUCCAUGGGUUUUGGUCAAGAAAGUGAUGUAGCCUUUUCUGAGGGUGAUACCAUAUAUGGUCGUGUCAUGGUGGAUUCUGUGCAGAACUUGGGGGAUUCUUUCGUCUGCAACAUAGAGAAGGUGUUUCUCUGCUCUGGUGCUGACGGAUAUGUACCGAAGUAUAAUCCAUCCAAGUUUGAAUUUGGCUGCCUAGCUGACUCUUCAUCGCUGCUUUAUAGAUUUAAGAUUCUUGACAAGGCUCAGCCAGAGACUCAGGCGCGUGUGUUUGACAACGUCAGUUUUAAUGCCGUGCUCGCAGUAGAUGAUCCAGCAGCCGUGUCUCUAGUCAGACAAUCAGGGUCUGAUGGAUUUAAACUGGACUCUACAGCCAUGUUCCAGGUUGCUGCAGGCCGUGAAUGGUACAUACACACUACUUACACAGUUCGCUCCAAAGGGACUGCCAACAGAGGCAUGGGAAAGCGCAGCCUGGAGUAUCACUCCUUUGGUUCAGCAAAUGACAAGUUUGCCUUGACGUCACUAAGCAGAAAAGGUUAUCGCAGGAGGAGGUCAGCAGGCCAUGAAAUCUCACAUAUUGCUGAAAACAUUGGAGUAGACAGCAACCGGGGUACCAACAUUAUGCACAUCACCUUGGACCGCACCAAAAGAAGGUCAGGGCGGUCCAACAACCUGUUCGAUGGCCGGGGAGAGCCUAGAGAGUUUAAUGCAGAUGAGGAUGAGGAAGGUCUGGUCAGCCUAGUGGGGGCACUGGUGGGGCUGCUUCUCACUGUCCUCGUUGUUAUCACCGUCACACUGGUGCUGAAAUCUAGACAGAAGUAUGGAAAGACCGGAUGGAAGAAAGAGGUGCAGGAGGUGGUGAAAGGGUCCAUCAGCACUGAUCCCAUGCUUGUGGUGAGAAUGCAAGACUGCCACAACAGUUCAGAGGUCUGAGCUGUGAAUGCACAGAUGGACAGACAAAAGUAUUA